AUGACCAAGAGAAUCUUACAUCAAGGGGAGGUUGAACUCCUAUUUGUCAAAUCAAAGGUAUAUCUCCACCCAACACCAUCAAAGAAAGACAACAUUGCUGGAUUUUUAUCCCUUUCAAGACCACCAAACUCAACUAAUUUGGAUAUCAUUUUGGCGUUUACCCCUGAAUCACAAUUGAGUAAAGAAGAGAUCAAGAUCUAUAAUGAAGUUGACGUAGAGGAGGUCGACCUUAAUUUGAGCGCAUUCAAGAAGCAUGGCAAGGCAAGGGGCGAUAGGAUUGUUUCGAAACCAAGUGCUAGCAUACUCAGUUCGUAUGCAUUCACUACAACCCUUUCGUACAUCUACAGCAUCCAAUUUAGAAACCCCAGCCACGGAUACUAUUAUGGAAGUGUAGUUAUAAACACUCAAGACGGAGAGAAGUUGCCAAUUGUAUUCUUUCAUGACGAUGAAUCACCCUCAACAAUCAAGAAUCAAAAGCUUCAAAAUAAGCAAUUUGAUCCAUUUACAGAUGGAGAGUUGUAUUGGGGUGCACUCGAUCUUUUAAGCGUGUUGAAAAGCUUGGUGAACAUUGAAAAGUCAACAAUAGAGCCAAGUGUAUACCUCAUCAAUCCACAAUCAGACGAUUUACGUAAUUUUGCCCCCUUUAAAAAGAAGCAAGUGAAAGAGGAGCCACCAAGCGCAUUCCAACUUCCCGAUGUAAACAAAAUGUUUAACACCGCCAAGUGGAAAGUGUUGGAGACUGUUGCUACAUUUACAGCAAAGACGAAGAAUCAAGUGAUUGAUUUGAUCGAGGAGAAUGCGCCACCACAAGUAAAACAAUUAAUGGUGCAACCACAAGUGGCGAAACUUGGUGACGAAUUUGAUUCAGCCAGAAUGUAUCUUGCCAAAUGGGCGCAACAGGUGAAGGAGGAUGCAGAGUCGUCCAAGUAUGUCACCGAUGAUGAGAUUUAUGAAAGAAUUAGUCGCGAGUUGAACUCAAAUAAGUUAUUGACUCAAGAGGAAAUAAGUCGUACAUCUAGAAUGAAGCCAGUGAGUGUUCAGGAAUGGGAGGGAUUUUUUGACCACACCGGGAGAUUAAGUGUCACUGUUAAGGAAGUCAAAGAUAGAAUAUUCCACGGUGGACUCGAAGAUGAAGUGAGAAAAGAGGCCUGGUUGUUUUUGUUGAAAGUGUACCCUUGGGACUCAUCAAGUGACGAGAGAGAGGUUUUGCAAAAGUCAUACGCGUCAAGGUAUGAUGAGUUAAAACUUAAAUGGGUUAAUGAUGCUGAGAGAAGAAACACCGAGUACUUCAAAGAUCAGAAAUUCAAGAUAGAGAAAGACGUGAACCGUACAGAUCGUGAUUUGGAGAUUUUCAAGAACGUCGGUGGCGAGGUUGAAGAGCCAGACGAUGAGUAUGAUGUGGCAAACAUAACCAAUCCGCAUUUAUGCAAGUUGCGUGAGAUUUUGCUAACCUACAAUGAGUACAAUACAGAACUUGGGUACGUGCAGGGAAUGAAUGAUGUGCUUUCGCCAUUAUACGUCGAGUUACAAGACGAGGCAUUGUCGUUUUGGGCAUUCGUUAAUUUGAUGGAUAGGAUGAAUGGAAAUUUUGAUCCUGAGUUGAGUGGUAUCAAGCUGCAACUCACCAAGCUUAUGAAAAUGACACAGCUUACCUUGCCCAAUUUGUACAAACACCUUAUCAAGUGUCAGAGUGAAGGACUCUAUUUCUUUUUCAGACACAUUCUCCUCCAGUUCAAGAGAGAGUUGCGAUGGGAGCAAGUUUUACAAUUGUGGGAAGUCAUUUGGACAGAUUACUACACCACCGAUUUUCAAUUGUUUUUUGCUUUGGCGGUUUUAUCAGAUAACGAAAGAAUUAUUAUUGAGAAUAUACUGCAACCGGAAGAAGUUUUAAAGUAUUUCAAUGACUUGCUGGGCCAUUUGGAUGUGAAUAAGCUUUUGGUUCGAGCUGAAAUAUUGUACAAAUUGUAUGAUCGUAUGAGCUAUAUAGUUGAUUGA